ACAAGUAUUUCGAAUAAAGUUAUCCAAGCGUAAACAUUGAACGGAAGAAAAGGAAAUUAUUAAAAUACAUUUAAAAUACAUAGUACAUUAUACAAAAAGUAAUCAUUUACACAAAAUGUUAUGCCAGAGAUCACAAAUUGUUCUAUCAUGUCUAAUGAUCACCUUGAGUGUUUUCAUCAAUAAUAUUGAAGCGGUAAGGGAUCGCGAUCGAGGUGCACGAUGUGAGAAACCUGAUUAUAUACCGAAUGGUAGCUAUCGCUUGAGACGCGAAAGAGUUAUGCGAAUUAACUGCAAUAGUGGAUUUCAACUACAAGGAUCCAAAACUAUUGACUGUGUUCGAGGAAAGUGGGAAGAAGAAAAACCUGUUUGUGCAAAGAGAGGAUGUUUAAAAGACUUGGAACAACCCGAAAAUGGACGUAUUCAAAUAGAUAAUGAGGUUAAAGCAAUUCUAUACUGCUCGGAUAAUUACAAUUUAGCAGGAAAUCGCCACUCCUAUUGUAAUGGUACCCACUGGGAUCGUCCAAUUGGAAACUGUCGUGAACGAAAAAAUGUGGUACAGCAUGAGUGUGAUUUCGAAACUGAUGACAUUUGCGGUUGGACUUACGAACCACAAGAAAACUUAGAAUGGAAGAGAGUUAUGGCUGCAAAUGUCUUUACCACUUUUAAAACUGGACCACGACAUGAUCAUACCACAUUAACCGCAAAUGGGGGCCACUACAUGCUGAUGGAAAGUCUCACAAGACUUAAAGAUGACGUCAUUCUCACUUCACCGAUAUACGAUCGUGGUCUGAGUUUAAAAACCGCAUGUUGUUUUCAAUUUUACUAUUUCAUGUACGGCGCUGGCGUUGGCGAUCUGUUUGUUAUCGUGAAGCCGGUGUCGUUGAGUUUGGACGAAUUGAAAAAAAAUCAUAAAGAAUUAAUUAAGUUUCAAAAAUACGGCAAUCAAAACAACAUUUGGAACGAAGCCCACUUUAAUAUAGAAGAAUUGGAAGAAGACUUCCAAAUAUUGUUUGUGGCCAACUCGGGUCGUGGCCAGUUGAGUGAUAUAGCAGUAGAUGACGUUAAACUCUUAACUGGUGAUGAUUGUAAGACACUGGACAAUAAAGAGGAUGAAGAUCUAUCUAACGAGGAGUACGAUUCCACAACGUACGAAUCGAUAUUCGAAAUGCAGUCAUGUGUAGGGCGGUGUUUCGAUUCCCCUGGUACUGGAAUAAUACGUACAUCUGGUCAUCUUAAAGGAUUGUGCAAUUGUGAUACUGAUUGCGAAGAUAGUGAAACAUGUUGUCCAGAUUUCCGAAUACUCUGUUUAAGCGAGUUAUUUGACCAAGCAACAGUUUAUUCGGUGGCAGAUGAAACUACUCUGAAAAAUGAAGCUAAGAUCCAUAAUAUUGACACUACACAAGCAACAACUACAAGUACUAUAAGAAAAUCAACUCCUUCAACUACAACCAACACUACUCCAACUACAACAAAAACAACACCAACUACAGUAAAAACCACAUCAACUACCAUCAAAACUACGCCAACUACAACGACUCGGCCUACUUCAACAUCAACUUCAACUACAACAACUUCAACAACACCAAAACCUAAAAUCGUUAUAACAACAAAAGCUACUCCGAAGACUACAACGACUCGUAAAACUACACCUACAACAACGACUCGUAAAACUACACCUACAACAACGACACGUAAAACUACACCAUCAACAACAAGGACGACGCCUAGAACUACAACAUCAACUACUACACGUAGAACUACAACAUUAAGAACAUCAACUACUUCUACAACUCCAAAUACCCCAACAACACACCCUACAUCAACAGCUGCUGCUAAAAACUCACAAGCGGCAACAUCAACCCAAAAGCCAAUUCCCGCAUCAAAACCCAUUGAAUACAUCAUAAGUGACAAAUCCAAGGCUGAUAAAGCAACCAAGGGUUUUAAUCUAUUGCUGUUUACAUUCGUGGUGAUUGGAAUUAUUAUUUUGGCAGGUGCGGCAUAUCGAAGCUUUGGUGACAGAGCUAUCGCCUGGUACAUGAUCCGUUUUAAGCAGAGCAACAGUGGCGAUGAGGACUCAUCUUCAAUAACAACAAGUUUUAAGCGACCACAAGCAAAUGGCAGUAAUAUUGAUACAAAAUCAAAGUCCAGCUGGCGCACUAAAACGAAAAAAUCAACGAGUUCAAAGAAUAUUAUGAAAACACCGUUAGUUAAUGACGAUGAUGAGGAUGAUGAUGAUAUGGGUGAUAAUGGAAAUAUUGCUUUAAAAAAUAAUAUUUAUACAGAAUUAUAAAACUAUUAAUUUUAUGUAUAUUAAAUGAUUUUAUUUUACAUCAAAUACAAA